AUGAUGACAGAAACUGAAGUUUUGUUUUUGUAGAUUUGCUUUAAACUUGAAGUAAUUACUCUCUGCCACAAAAUAAACGAAGAAUAAUGCUAAAGAAAGAUAAAUUUACAUGUAAAUUAAAUAUUGAAUAUAUGGUAGUGGUUAAUCCCUUAAAUAGUUAAACGAAUCAUAUUUUUAUAAAUUUAGAUUCGUUUUUUUCUAGAAAAGUCUUAAUCAAUAGCAUCCAUAUCAUAUUUUACAGUUUCUAUCUAGCAUUUCUUUUACAGAUCAUUGUUUAUGCAAAAAAACUAUCUUGGAAUCCUAUUACUGAAGUGA